UGAGGCUUCACUUUUUAAACCCACCUGCGAAGGACAUAGAAGAUACCUGAGGUGUUAAGAUGAGUCGGCAGCGGGCAGAGUCCCGGGGUUCCCUGGGGCCCGAUGAUGAGGUCAUGCCGUACAGUGAUGAUGAGACGGAUGACGAACUGGCACAGAGCAGUGACGGGGAAGCGGACGAGUUGCCGCCAGGAGCCCCACAACCCCCGGUGGAAGUUAAAGGCAGUGAGGUUACUUGGAAGGUGAAAGCCAAUGACCGUGCGUACCACCACCUGCCAGAGUUUCAGAAAAAAGUCUUCCUGUGCUUUAAGAAAAGCAAAUACUCUGGAAACGCCAUCAAGACGUACAAGUACAACGUCCUCACCUUCAUCCCCCUCAACUUGUACGAGCAGUUCAGGAGAGUCGCUAACCUCUACUUCCUGGCUCUGCUCAUCUUACAGAUUAUACCAGACAUUACCACUCUGCCCUGGUACACCACGCUGAUUCCUCUGGUCGUGGUGCUGGGAGUCACUGCUAUCAAAGACCUGGUGGACGAUCUUGCCCGGCACAGGAUGGAUAAGGAGAUCAACAACAGGAAGUGUGAGGUCCUGAUGGAUGGAAGGUUUCAAGAAACAAAGUGGAGAGACAUUGAGGUCGGAGAUGUGGUUCGUCUGAAGAAGAACGACUUUAUUCCGGCUGACAUCCUGUUGUUAUCCAGCUCCAACCCGAACAGCCUGUGUUACGUAGAAACAGCCGAGCUCGACGGAGAAACCAACCUGAAGUUUAAGAUGGGACUUCGAGUGACUGAUGAGAGGCUGCAGGAGGAACGUCAGCUGGCUGAGUUUAAUGCUCUGAUCGAGUGCGAGGAACCAAACAACCGUCUAGACAAGUUCACAGGGAUGAUGCUGUGGAACAGGGAGCGCUACCCUCUGGACCUGGACAACAUUUUGCUCCGAGGCUGCAUGAUCAGAAACACAGAGGAAUCUCACGGCGUAGUCAUCUUCGCAGGUGCGGACACCAAAAUCAUGAGGAACAGCGGGAAGACAAGGUUCAAGAGAACCAAAAUUGACGAGCUGAUGAACUACAUGGUUUACACUAUCUUUGUGCUGCUGAUUCUGGUGGCGGCAGGUCUGGCCAUCGGUCACACCUUCUGGUACGAGGAGAUCGGCUCCAAAGCCUGGUAUCUGUACGACGGAAAAAACCAGGAGACUUCCUACAGAGGCUUUCUCAGUUUCUGGGGAUACAUCAUCGUCCUCAACACCAUGGUGCCCAUUUCACUAUAUGUCAGUGUGGAGGUGAUACGUCUAGGCCAGAGUAAAUUCAUCAACUGGGAUCUGCAGAUGUAUUUCGCAGAGAAAGACACGCCAGCUAAGGCUCGAACCACCACCCUGAACGAGCAGCUCGGGCAGAUCGAGUACAUCUUCUCAGACAAGACGGGAACUCUGACACAGAACAUCAUGCAGUUCAAGAAGGCGACCAUCGCCGGACGUUGCUAUGGUGAACCCACGACUGCUGAGGGAGUAUCAUUGGACAGAGGAAGGCCAGUGGACUGGAGCUGGAACCGAGAUGCUGACCGAAAGUUUCAGUUCAUGGAUCAUUCUCUGGUCGCCAAUAUCCGAUCCAGGAAGGAUAAAGACGCUCUGGAGUUCUUCAAACUGCUCUCCCUCUGUCACACUGUCAUGGUGGAGAGCAAAGAAGGUGAGCUGGUGUACCAGGCUGCGUCUCCUGAUGAGGGCGCCCUGGUGACAGCAGCCAGGAACUUCGGCUUUGUGUUUCUGUCUCGUACCCAAGACACCAUCACCAUCAGGGAAAUGGACCAUGAGGCGACCUAUGAAAUGUUGGCGCUGCUCGACUUCAACUCCGACCGCAAGCGCAUGUCUAUCAUAUUGAAGUUUCCUGAUGGUCGUAUUCGUCUCUACUGUAAAGGAGCCGACACGGUCAUCUAUGAGCGACUUUCCCCCAACUCCAGACACAAGGAUACCACCCAAAAUGCUCUGGAUACCUUUGCCAACGAGACCUUGCGGACGCUGUGCUUGUGCUACAAAGACAUCAGAAUAGACGAGUAUGAAGCCUGGUCCAGGAGGCACAAAGAGGCCCAAGUGACCAUGGUUAACCGAGAAGACGCCCUUGAUCGUGUGUACGAGCAGAUUGAGAGCAACCUGAUGUUGAUUGGGGCGACGGCGAUUGAGGACAAGCUGCAGGACGGAGUGCCAGAGACCAUCGCCAAACUGGCCAAAGCCGACAUCAAGAUCUGGGUCCUGACUGGAGAUAAGAAAGAAACGGCAGAAAACAUCGGUUUUUCCUGUUCACUGCUGACAGACGACAUGAAUAUCCACUACGGAGAAGACGUCAAUGAGAAGCUGAGGAUUCGUCAGGCCACAAGGAGAACCGACCCUGCAACUUACCAACGAGGCAAAAAGGACUCUGCACAACGUUUCUUUAACGAGCCUGGCAAAAAUGCUCUCGUCAUCACUGGAGGAUGGCUGAAUGAGAUUCUGUAUGAAAAGAAGAAGAAACGCCGUCGUUUGCGUCUUCGGCGCCUGGGAAGGCGACCGCCACCCAGUAGCCCUCAGGACGGACAGCCAAUGAAUGACUGGGAGAAGGAGAUGAGACAGAUUGACUUUGUGGACAUGGCCUGUGAGUGCGAGUCAGUCAUCUGCUGUCGUGUUACACCGAAACAGAAAGCCAACGUGGUAAGUCUGGUGAAGAAAUACAAGAAGGCUGUGACGCUGUCCAUCGGAGACGGAGCCAAUGACGUCAACAUGAUCAAGACUGCAGAUAUCGGCGUUGGCAUCAGUGGUCAGGAGGGGAUGCAGGCCGUCAUGUCCAGUGACUACGCUUUCGCCCAGUUCCGUUACCUGCAGCGCCUCCUGCUGGUGCACGGCCGCUGGUCCUACAUCCGAAUGUGCAAAUUCCUGCGUUACUUCUUCUUCAAGAACUUUGCCUUCACGCUGGUCCACUUCUGGUACUCCUUCUUCAGCGGAUACUCGUCACAGGUCGCCUAUGAAGACUGGUUCAUCACACUCUACAAUCUCUGUUACAGCAGCUUACCGGUUCUACUAGUUGGACUUCUUGACCAGGACGUUAACGACAAACUGAGCCUGAAAUUCCCCAAGCUGUACCUGGCCGGCCAGCAGGGGACAUUGUUCAACUACAAAAACUUCUUCGUCAGCUUGUUCCAUGGCAUCUUCGUCUCGCUCAUCAUCUUCUUCAUCCCGUACGGAGCGUUCCUGCAGACGAUGGGGCAAGAUGGAGAAGCCCCCUCUGACUACCAGUCCUUCGCAGUCGUCACUGCUUCGUCACUGGUUUUUGCUGUCAACCUGCAGAUCUCUCUGGAUACAUCCUACUGGACCUUUGUUAACUGCUUUGCAGUUUUGGGCAGCAUAGCAAUCUACUUUGGCAUCAUGUUUGACAUCCACAGUGCUGGGAUCCACGUCAUCUUCCCCUCAAUAUUCACCUUCACCGGUGCUGCAUCAAAUGCUCUACGUCAGCCGUACCUGUGGUUAACCAUCAUCCUGACGGUGGGCAUCAGCCUGCUACCCGUCAUCUGCAUCCAGUUCCUCCAUAAAUCCAUCUGGCCCUCUGUAGGAGACAGGGUUCAGAGAAACAGGAAGAAGUACGAGAUGGAGAUAGACGAGGAGGAGAAGAAAAAAGCACCAGCCUUCCAGCGUGGCCGACGUUCCCGCCGCUCCGCCUACGCCUUCUCUCACUCCCGAGGCUACGCCGACCUCAUCUCGUCUGGGCGAAGCAUUCGGCGGCGGCCACAGCCCCGCAGCGGACCCCAGGACAGCAUCAGGGAGGUAACCCACAGAGAGGCGGAAAACAUCUGACGGGGCCAAGCAGAAGACGGAGCAAAACUGUAGCGGGAGGGCUUGGAAAUAUUUGGAAAACAACGCAAGGAGUGUUGAAAUUGUCAACAUCGGAAA